ACAUACACACACACACACACACACACACACACACACACACCACACGGGCGCGCGCGCAUACGGAUCCGCGCGCCUGUAUCCCGUGCUGUUUCCCUGGCAGACACACAGGCGCUCACGAGUCUUUCCUUGCCAGUCCGCAGGGCAGCGACCCUCUAAACCCAGUCCCAGAGCCCGCCCUUGGCAAGCAACUGCUUCUCUCCGGACAGCUCCUGUGUGGCCUCUGUCACAGCUACCUGGACAAGACCCUUUCUGGACUGCUUCUGGGACGUGGAAACAACAAGAGGUGCUGGGUCAAGACACAGUAACGGUAUCUACAGAAUAUUGGACAUAACAGAUCCAGGAUUCAUAAGACUUUAUCACCUUGAAUCAAGGAUUUAUUUGAUAUUCUCCUAAGUCUUUACUUCAUAUCAAGUAACAUUUUUUUAAAAAGAACACAUUUGCCAUAAGGGAGUUUUUAAAAAUAAUACUUCUCGUAUUUUCCAAUGCCUAAAAAUAGCAAGGUGGUAAAAAGAGAAUUAGACGAUGAGGUUAUUGAGUCUGUCAAAGACCUUCUUUCCAAUGAAGACUCUGUGGAUGAUGCUUUUAAGAAGAGUGAACUAAUUGUUGAUGUCCAAGAGGAGAAAGAUUUAGAAGUUGAAGAAGGAUCUGAAGCUGAAGAUGAAAGACCAGCUUGGAACAGUAAGCUCCAAUACAUCCUGGCUCAAGUUGGAUUUUCUGUAGGUUUGGGGAAUGUGUGGAGAUUCCCAUACCUCUGUCAGAAGAAUGGAGGUGGUGCAUAUCUUUUACCAUAUUUAAUACUACUUCUGGUAAUAGGUAUUCCCCUUUUUUUCCUGGAACUUUCUGUGGGUCAAAGAAUUCGGCGAGGCAGCAUUGGUGUGUGGAACUACAUAAGCCCCAAACUGGGUGGAAUUGGAUUUGCAAGUUGUGUAGUAUGCUAUUUUGUGGCUCUUUACUACAACGUCAUCAUUGGCUGGACUCUGUUUUACUUUUCUCAAUCUUUUCAGCAACCUCUACCUUGGGAUCAGUGUCCUUUGGUGAAAAAUGCUUCACAUACUUUGAUAGAGCCAGAAUGUGAAAAAAGUUCUGCUACCACCUACUACUGGUACAGAGAAGCCCUGAAUAUUUCCAGUUCCAUUUCUGAAAGUGGGGGCUUGAACUGGAAGAUGACUGUCUGCUUGCUGGCUGCCUGGGUCAUGGUUUGCUUGGCAAUGAUCAAAGGCAUCCAGUCUUCUGGAAAAAUUAUGUAUUUUAGUUCUCUGUUCCCAUAUGUGGUACUUGUAUGCUUCCUAACUAGAGCACUCCUUUUAAAUGGCUCAACUGAUGGUAUCCGCCACAUGUUCACCCCUAAGCUUGAAAUAAUGCUGGAGCCCAAGGUGUGGAGAGAAGCUGCUACUCAGGUGUUCUUUGCCUUAGGUCUGGGAUUUGGUGGCGUCAUUGCCUUUUCAAGCUACAACAAGAGAGACAACAACUGCCACUUUGAUGCUGUUCUGGUGUCUUUCAUCAAUUUUUUCACUUCUGUUCUGGCGACAUUGGUGGUGUUUGCAGUUCUGGGGUUCAAAGCAAAUGUUGUCAAUGAGAAAUGCAUUGCACAAAAUUCUGAGAUGAUCAUAAAAUUUUUGAAAAUGGGAAACAUUAGUCAGGAUAUUAUUCCCCAUCAUAUCAACCUUUCUAGCAUUACUGCUGAAGAUUAUCACUUGGUUUAUGACAUCAUUCAGAAAGUGAAAGAAGAGGAGUUUUUGGUUCUUCAUCUCAACUCCUGCCAAAUCAAAGAUGAGCUAAAUAAAGCAGUCCAGGGUACUGGUUUAGCUUUUAUCGCCUUCACAGAAGCCAUGACACAUUUCCCUGCAUCUCCCUUCUGGUCAGUGAUGUUUUUCCUCAUGCUGAUAAAUUUAGGGCUUGGCAGCAUGUUUGGGACCAUUGAAGGGAUCAUCACACCCAUUGUGGAUACUUUCAAAGUGAGGAAGGAAAUUCUUACUGUUAUCUGUUGUCUUCUGGCAUUUAGUAUUGGCCUAAUAUUUGUGCAACGCUCUGGAAAUUACUUUGUUACAAUGUUUGAUGAUUAUUCUGCCACAUUGCCUCUGCUAAUUGUAGUCAUACUGGAGAAUAUUGCUGUAAGCUUUGUUUAUGGCAUUGAUAAGUUUAUAGAAGAUCUAAAAGAUAUGCUGGGCUUUGCUCCCAGCAGAUAUUACUACUAUAUGUGGAAAUAUAUUUCUCCUCUAAUGUUAUUGUCAUUACUAAUAGCUAGCAUUGUGAACAUGGGGUUAAGUCCUCCUGGCUAUAAUGCAUGGAUUGAAGAUAAGGCAUCUGAAGAAUUUCUGAAUUAUCCAACUUGGGGUAUGAUUGUCUGUAUCUCUCUAAUGGUCCUGGCAAUACUUCCCGUCCCAGUAGUCUUCAUUGUUCGACGCUGCAACCUCAUAGAUGAUAGUUCUGGUAACUUAGCAUCUGUGACCUAUAAGAGAGGAAGGGUCCUGAAAGAGCCUGUAAACUUAGAGGGAGAUGAUGCAAGCCUCAUUCAUGGAAAGAUAUCAAGUGAAAUGUCAUCUCCCAAUUUUGGUAAAAAUAUUUAUCGAAAACAGAGUGGAUCACCAACUCUGGAUACAGCUCCCAAUGGACGUUAUGGAAUAGGUUAUUUGAUGGCAGAUAUGCCAGAUAUGCCAGAUAUGCCAGAAUCUGACUUGUAGCUGGAUGGAAUCAGCAGGCUGUCCUUGGUUCAUUUAUCAAUGAACAAAUUGGCUCUACUAAGAGAAGCAUUAGGCUUCACUUAUCAGAGGGCGCUCUCAGGUGUUCCAGGGCUGUGAUCUUUAAUCCUAACAGUAUGCGUCAGUUCAGCUAGAGCAUUCCUUUGGAUUCCUUGGUUUACAUUUGUGCAGAAAGGAUUACAGACAAAGCUUACAAUGACUGAGGUCCAUGUUUGUCAGGAUUUUUUAAAAUACUUUUGGUGUAUAUCAAGUAUUUCUAUCUCUAAAAAAAACAGGUGUUACCUCAGUUUCAAAUCAUUUCUGGAUUUAAUAGUAUUGGCAAAUUGAAAAUGGUAUACCUUCAAAUUUGUAGGUUUGCCUUCAGGGUAACUCCCAAUAUCACAAUGAGCAUUUACAUCAGUUGAUGCCUCUCUGCACAUUUCUAUGAAUAUAUUGUGUAGAUAGGCUGUACUUAUUUUGGUAGCAUUGAUACCUUCUUAGGCAUUUAGUUGAAGAAAACUGCAAAAUAUUUUCUUAUGUAAUAGCUGUAUAGAGCAAUAGUAUCAAAGAGUGAGAAGGCACUAAUGCUGGGAUGAAAGGUCAGAUUUAGAGAGACUGAGGGUCAGGUGAGUGAUGGCUGUAUAUUUUGUGUAAAAUAUAUGUGUGAAAUUGAUCCAAGAAUGAGUCACUCAGCACUCUCAAGAAUCAUGCAGACUCUGCAUUUUUCUUAUGCCGUGUGCCUAAAAACCUACUUGAUAUUUAUUGUGGUUUCAAGAUUACUCAUAGUAUAUUUAUAUAAUAUACUUGUGAUGUAUAUAGAUGUAUAUUGGUACUCUAAGUACUGAUUUGAAAACUUGAAGCAAGAUGGCAUUUUAUUUCGUAUAUUUCUGUUUUGCUUCUGUUUUAUGCAAAUAAAAAUCCUUUUUUAAGUGAUUGUUAAAAUUGUAUGGCAUUACACUUUAAUCUACAAAUAAACAAAGUUUAAAAAUG